AAUCAGAGAAAGACCUUUGCAGGCUCCUCCAUAACUCCGGUCUGGCCGUCCCCUCCCCCGCCGUUUAUAAAUGGAGCGGAGCAGCCACAUGGCCACCCCAGUACAAACGCAUUGCUCGCUGUGCUCUGCUGUGCUGUGUCCUCUCAUCUCUGCUCCCACCCCCCCAAGCGCUCCGCACCAGGCAACACCCGCCGCCGCCGCCGCCGCCGGGCCUCUUCAGCACCCUCCGUUCCGUUCCGCAGCAUGAAGCGCCUGCUCCGGAGGCUCUCCCGCGUGGCCGCGGCCGACGCCUGCGCCGCCGCCGCGUACCAGCCGCUCCGCGCGGCGCCCAAGGCCGCCGCCGCUCCGGCGUCCGGCGCGCGGCUCCUGGGCGGCGGCGCGCGCGUGCCGGAGGGCCACGUGCCGGUCUGCGUCGGCGAGGAGGGCGGGCCCGUCGAGCGCUACGCCGUGCGCGCCGAGCUCCUGGGCCGGCCCGCCUUCGCCGCGCUCCUCCGCCGCGCCGCGCAGGAGUACGGGUACGGCCACCCCGGCGCGCUCCGCAUCCCCUGCGCCGUCGCCGACUUCCACGACCUCCUCCUCCAGCUCGCCUACCCCUCCGCCGACCACGCCGACGACGAGGCGGCGGUCUGCUACUACUAGGCGCCGCCGCAUCGGCGGCAUCCCUACACCGCCGGCGCCCUCCCCGUCCCGCCCUUGCCGUCCGGGGGACAAAAAUCGCGGAGGGUGUAAUUGAGAUUUGCCCCCACGGUAAAACGGUGGCGCCGCCGGGGACCGCAGCGCCAAGCGCUGCCCGUGUUCUUACCGAUUUGCCCCUGCGUGGGAGGCCUGUACAUACGGAGGAUGGGGGUACAACGGGGAUUUCGCCCGCCUUUUCUCCUGCAGCUGGACAGUUUUAGUACCUGCUGUCUGGUAGGAAUUAGGGGAAAUUUUCCUUCUUUUUUUUCUCCAGCUUCUUCCUCCCGUGUUCUUGGGUGCUCGUCUAGAUCUAGCUGUGGCAGCGUGGCUUCUAGCUCUAGUGGUGGUUGUAAUGGAGUGGUAGUGGCCUAGUGGAAGCACCUGCCUUGUUGUUUUUCCUAGGGGUUUUGAGAUCUUAACAAUACAAUGUAUGCCGCAAGGCUGCUGAUCUCGUGACUGAGACCGAGGAAGUUCAAGUGCAAAUUGCCA